AUGAACCGCAGAGUGUCACUGGGCAGACGUGAAGUUAAACGGGGAGAGCCGUGGUUUGAUGACGGAAACAUUGUGCUCAUCACACAGGAAGAUCCAACUGCCUUUCGGCUCCAUCGAGGAGUGCUUGCGAGGCACUCGGAAGUAUUCAGUCAUAUGUUUGAACUCCCGCAAGUUUUGGAUUCAGAAGCAGAGUCUUUUGAAGGGUGCCAAGUCGUAUACAUAUACGACUUGCCUCUCGAACUGUCAAAUCUCUUCAAUGCCAUAUAUGACAGUCCUAAUUUUACGAACCAAGACGCGGACGGUUUUUUUUACCUGGCUGGCAUUCUACGUCUCACGACAAAAUACAUGAUUGAACAACCCCGGCAAAGCGCAAUAAAGUACCUUACACAGACGUGGUCUUCAACGCUUGAAGGACACGACAGCAUGGUCGAGAUCGCUUUAAAUUCUCAGCCAGUCAAUGGGCUCACCUACCCAUUCGUACAUCCCUUACACGUUCUUAAUCUCGCAAGGGAAACUGACAUCAAUAUUGUGGUUCCUUCUGCUCUUUAUUUCCUAUCUCUAUACUCGCUGUCUGAUAUUCUUUCUGGUGAUCAUCCAAAACUUCUGCUUGAACACCCCUCAAAACCGUCAUCUAUACUGGCACCUUCUGACAUCUUACUCUAUUCACUCAUGUAUCAACAUCGACUUCAGAUUCUGGAGGAUUUCAUUCGAGAUUUCUGUGGCAAGCGAAUCAUAACCCCAAGCUGUGGGCCCAGUAGCAUUGAUACUUGCGGGAAAGCCUUCUCACGCUUAGUUUCCCAACUGCGUCGGUCGUGGAGUUUGCGGACUGGACCCUUGCAUUUUAUGUUGCAAACUAUAAACAGAGUUUCAGCAGAUUCUGCUAUAUGUAAACGUUGUCGCUCGGAUUUUGCUCGUGAAACCUCUUUGCUUCGACAAGAAGUUUGGGACAAUUUACCCUCUGUCGUUCGCUUGCCUUCCUGGGACCGUAUAGAGUGA